AGACCGCGGCGUUCUUAUGUUCCUAGCGGCGCUUGUUUCUAUCCGGUAAUUUAACGCAGAUGGACCGAGGCAACAUGACAGCAGCUGAUGGGAACACAGCAGUGAAUAUGAGAGAAAAGACUCAAAGUGAUGAAGAGGACAAACUACAGAUGUUACAAGGUGCAGCGUUUCUGACCACGGUGGCAUCUGCGGGCAUGAUUGCAGGAUUUGGCUCCACGUUAGCACUGGCUAAGAAAAAAAGCCCAGACUGGUUUACUAAGGGAGUCGUGGCGACGGCAGCGGCCCCAGAGAGCGGAGCGUCCCUGGCUCUCAGAGCUCUGGGGUGGGGGUCCCUGUUCGCCUGGUGUGGAGUCGGCGCGCUCAGUUUCACUGUGUGGAAAGUCCUCGGUGUUCACUCCUUAUCAGAGUUCAGACAGAAGAUGCAGUCCUUCUUCCCGUCCAUCCCUAAGUCCGCUGAGGCCACAGCUGGAUCUGAACCCCUGGACUGGGACUCUGUCUUCAAGUCAAAGUGACGCACCGCAUCUGCCGGAGGAUGAAUCACGAGAGACAGGACUGAAAAUAUUGAGGACGCUCGGCAGCUGUUUGUGCUGCUUUCUCCGGAGUCUGGAGACUGUGCUGGACCGGUUCUAGUCCCGGUCCUGGGUUGUGAGCUCUAAGAGUUCUGGGUUUGGAGGUUUUUGGUCAGACGUCAGGGUCUACAAGCCAAGUGUGAUUUUUUUUUUUUUUUUUUUUCAAAAUCAGCUGCAGGUUUUGUGUCAAUUAAAUGAGAAUUUCAGUUUCAUUUAAUAAAAGAAAAAAACCAUAUUAUUGACUGUGGUAACUGAAGCUGCUGUGAUACCUGAGGAUCAGAACCACCUUUGGAAAAAAUAAUGAUAACGAGACACUGAGAAACUAUUUUAAAGGAAAAAGUUGUAAAAUGUCAUGAAUAAAGUAAAGAAAUGUUCUUCUUGGAAUACUUAAUAAACAUGUUUACUCUGUAUCUGAAUGUGACGUGACUGUUGACGUGAUUUGUGGAGGAGGAGGAGGAGGAGGAGGAGGAGGUGAUAUAUUUUCCUGCCGUUGUGUUUUUUAAAGCUGUGAAAUGAACGUCACUGGAAAUGUGUAACAUUAAAAAAAAGCAGGCUUAAAAUGCCACGACAUUGUGAGAUUGCAUCAUACAAGGCCAGAGGUGUAGGCUGAUGUUUGAUCUGUGAGAUAAUUCUUGAUCCUCUGUUGGAGGCGGCGAUACACCAAAAUAAAAAAGAAUUAACCGUC